GCCAGAGCCGGCGGGAGGGUCCGGCUCCCUCCUCCACCUCCUCUUCCUCCACCACCUCCUCCUCUUCUUCUUCUUCUUCCCCGCCUUCCUCCCUCCUGCCCCUUCCCGGCGCCCGCCCCCCUCGCACGGCGCGUCUCGCCUCGAGCCGCCGGCACGGACGCCGCCGCUGCGGGAACAAAGGAAGGAAGCGGCCGUGGCAGUGCCGCCAGCCCCGCGCCCCGCACUCCCCCGACCUCCGCGCUCCCUGCAGCCCCCCGGAGCCACCCUCCGCACUUCCUCACACACUCGCGGCGGGGUUUCUGCCCCCCCCCGAGGAGAGCAUUGAGAUGACUCAAGAGACUAAUCAGACCCCAGGACCCAUGCUGUGUAGUACAGGAUGUGGAUUUUAUGGAAACCCUAGGACGAAUGGGAUGUGUUCUGUUUGCUACAAAGAGCAUCUUCAGCGUCAGCAGAAUAGUGGUAGAAUAAGCCCGAUUGGAACAGCCAGUGGUUCAAACAGCCCUACCUCAGACAAUACAUCUGUACAGAGACCAGACACUAGCUUGAACAACUGUGAAGGUGCUGCUGGCAGCACAUCUGAAAAAUCAAGAAAUGUGCCUGUUGCCGCUUUGCCUGUAACGCAGCAAAUGACAGAAAUGAGUAUUUCAAGAGAGGAAAAAGUAACACCGAUAACAGAGGCUGAACCAGUUGUUACUCAGCCAAGCCCAUCAGUUUCUCAGCCUAGUACUUCACAGAGUGAAGAGAGAGCACCUGAACUGCCCAAACCAAAGAAGAACAGAUGUUUCAUGUGCAGAAAGAAAGUUGGUCUUACAGGAUUUGACUGCCGAUGUGGAAACUUAUUUUGUGGACUUCACCGUUACUCUGACAAGCAUAACUGCCCGUAUGAUUACAAAGCAGAAGCUGCAGCAAAAAUCAGGAAAGAGAAUCCAGUUGUGGUUGCUGAAAAAAUACAAAGAAUAUAAGUUAGCCUGCUCAUGAAAAGACUGACUGACUUUGUUUUGUUUAUAAUAUAUCCUAGGGAAACACAAAAGAGCAGGUGCAUGGCCAUUUUCUUUCAUUCUCCAAAGUUUUACUUUUCUUUUACUCUUGUCCAUCUUAAUGAUAUUUAAGAACGUUUGGGUGUUUGUUACAGCAAAAUUGAAUAGAUACAGCCCUUGAAAAAUAUAUACCCUCCCCAGAAUGUAGUUGGAUGAUCUGAAACCUGCACAGGAAUACACAAACAGAGGACAGACUCUCUAGUUCACAUGUGCCAAACAUAUGUACUCUAUCUGCAUGUUUGCAGCAGAUCUGCCUUUUGAGAUGUUGUUUGAGGUAUAUAAUCUUUGGCUAGUGCUAUGUGCCUAAUUGUGAGCAGGAUACAUCAAAAGGGUUGGCAGCCCACUUCUAUGACUUAAAGUCUCAGUCUAUUUUUAGUUUCCACAGUCUAUUGUUUUCCAUCAGAAUACAAGCUAUCUAGAGGAUUCCACCAUUCCAAUACAGUAAGUGUUGGUGCCUUGUUUCAGAAAAUUGGUUUUGAAUUGUAGUGAGAAUAAUGGAAAGAAAGCAGAUGUGUGUGAGAAGAAAUUGUUUUGGGAAAUUGCAGUGACUUGAAUUAUGCAGAUAGGUUCCCAAAGGAAGAUGUCAUGUUACUUCAUAAACUGGCCUGCAACAGAGUUGUCUGCUUUUCCUUGCACGGCUAAACUUGUUGCAUAGCACAGUACUUGGAGUUAGAUUUAACAAAAUGUUAAAUGUUUUUAGACAUGCUCUAGGAGAUCUAUCAAGCAACACAUUUGACAAGUAAACUGCUUAAGUACUAGAGCAGUUUCUUAUUCAUAUAUUGCAUUCUGUGUGUUCCGAGUUCAAAAGAAUAUUGGGGAUUUUUUCCUAGUUUUUAGUGUAACAAUUGCACCAUUCUGCAUGGAAAACUAUACCAAACAUGGCUGCUGCAGACUUAAGUUAUAGCUGGAACCACUCUUGGAGGGCUGCUUUAUCAUUUUUAACUGUACUUGGGUGUAGGACUGUAGUGUUCUUGGGUGUAUUGCAUGGGCUGCAUUAUCUACAGCAUUGUACAAUAACAACUCUAGAAAAAGGCAGUAUACUUCACUGAUGCUUGUCUGGUAAUAUCACUUCUGUGUUAUAAUGGAAGGGGUUUUUGUGAUGUAUGAAACUAGUGUUUUUUUAUAUAAACAAGUACAGUUUAGACUAGUCUUGUGGUAAUGCCUGUUCUCAUCUGUAAAUACUUAUGUAUGUAAACAAGGCUCUACUCCUGAACUUCUGAUUUUUAUUGCAAUGUUCAGUCUUAGUUUUUUCUUCACUAUUAAAAGUAUCAGGUUUUUGCUUUUUACUUUGUCCUGAGUUAGACAUGAUUAGAUAUGCAAACAUGUACAGAUAGUUCAUAUUUAUGUAUUGCACAUAAUCAUGCUACUCAGCAUCUAUGCUAUAUUGUAUUAUGUAAAUAAUAAAGUGUACAGAAUAAAAUA